AUGCCUCCCUUGGGUACGAAACGUAUCAAAAAAUGCAUUUUAUACGGACAACUGAUAGUUCUUUUUACUGCAUUUUCAUCGAUUUACCCACAAAUUCAUGGAUUAUUUGGAGAACGUGGACUUGUCCCAGUGGCUCCUAUGCUAGAAUGUGAGGAGGAAAGUAUUUUUCAAUGCCGUCUCCCACUUCUUCGCUCCGUUUGUCAAAUCCUCCACCUAUCGCCGUCAGUCGGAUUGCAAGCUUUUUGUCUUGUCGGAUUGUUUCUUUCGGCGUUUGCAAUUUAUAAACCAAGAUGUCAAAAUAUCAUCACAUAUCUGAUUCUGUACCUGCUAUAUCGCACCAUUUAUGAGGCAGGAGGUGUGUUCAUGUACUACCAGUGGGAUGCCUUACUGUUGGAAUCUACGGUCUACGUAGCAAUUCUCGCUUGGUUUGAUAAUGGUCCGGCAGAUUCGAUUGCUCUAUUUGGAAUAGUCUCUCUUCUACUUCGUGUUGUGUUUAUGAAUGGAGCAACAAAGUUGUUGAGCAAAUGCCCUACAUGGUGGAAUCUUACAGCUCUAAACUAUCACUUUGAAUCCCAACCACUGCCGACUCCGUUUGCAUGGUAUGCUCAUUAUUUCCCGCAAUUCUUCAAACAGUUGGCAACGUUGCAAAUGAAUUUUAUUGAAAUUCUUCUUCCGCCACUCUUCUUGAUCCCAUUGAUCCACGUUCGGUACUUUGUUUUCUUCUGUCAGGUUCUUCUCACGACACUCACACUUUUCACCGGCAACAAUGGUUUCUUCAAUUACAAUAUUCUUGUAUUGAUGGUCAGCUUGUUGCAAACACCCAGAGUUCCAAUUGGUGCUUCAUUCCUUGCCGCGAUAGUUUUCGCGAAAAUCGGAUUUGAGGUUGUCUAUCGGUUGCCGUACAAAAUUUUGUUUGAAGACGAUCGUUUGCCCAGCUUUGCACUCACUCUCACGCACGAAUCUUUCCGUAAAUUCAUGAUAUACUAUAUUGAUGUCAUUGUUGCAACUAUGGCAAUAAUUUUUACAAUCGUCAAUUGUUAUUCGAUGUUAAAAGUUGGUUCGAGUCAAAAUGGUAGAAUGAAGAAAUGGGUGCACUUGGCAUUUGUCUUGUGCUCCGUCCUUUUUCUCGGUGUCUAUGGAAAUAUUCCAUUGCUAAGAAUGGACGAGAAACUUGCUCAGCGAACAUACGAGCCGCCAGUUGUGAUGACCAUGUACAAGACUGUGAAUAGCUGGAGCGUAGCAAACUCUUAUGGAUCCUACAGACAAAUGACCGGAACACACGGAAGACCAGAAAUUGUGAUUGAAGGAUCUCAUCAUAUUGAAGGACCUUGGAGAGAAAUCGAGUUCACCUCGAAACCAGGGAAGGUGUCAAAGCGUCCAAGAUUUAUUUCUCCUCACCAUCCGCGUCUUGAUAUGCAAAUGUACUAUGCUGCCGAAGGAACAUAUCAGCAAAAUCCGUUCUUUCUGUCACUUGUCUAUCAUCUUAUGCAGAACACAACGGAAGUUGUAAAUUUGAUUGAAGAUUAUCCAUUCAAAAAUCGAUCAGAGCCGAUGAGAUUUGCGCGUGCCAAGCUCUACAUGUACCACUUCACUGAUAUCGGAGACAAAAACUGGUGGACCCGCAGCUUCCAAGAAGAGUACAUGCCGACCUUUAACAAAGGAAAUGACGCUCUUCUCAACUAUCUCACCGAGCACAAAAUCAUUAACAAAAGGAAAAGUGAAUUCGUUAACGGUCCUCUUGGAAAGUAUCUGAAACAGUGCCACCGUCUUACAGCCGGGAUCGACGAGAUCGCCUUGAUCUCCACAAUGGUUGUGCUGGUGUUUUUCAGAAAAAUGUAUAGCUACUUCUUUUCGGCACAUCGUCGGAAUGAAUAGACACCUAACCACUUCUUAUUAGAUACUCGAUUUUUUUUGUUUAGCUUUAAUUGUUGAUUUCGCCAUCAUCGAAGCAUUAAAAUUCAUUGACAUCUCUUUUUCUUCCCCUGUUUACUGGUUUAUAAAUUAUUUUCAAUUUUUUAAAAACAUUUGUUUUUUUUUUUGAAAUUUGCAUGUGUUCGAUUCACAUUUUAUAUAUUCAUUGCUUUUUUAAAAUUUUAAUUAAUAUAAUAAU